UGACUGCCGGAAGGGAGGAGGUGGAGGAGGGAUUGGAGGGUGUGAGAUGCUCCCCUCACGCCCAAGUCUGUCUGUCUCCCUGCGGGUGAUUAUAUACGGGACGUGUGCCUUGGCACUGGUCAACACUGUGGCUCUCCUGGUGCUCCUAGUGCAACAGAACCAGCUGUGGAGCCGUGUGGAGCUCACCGAGGCCAGGCUGGAGGAGGUGGAACAGAGCUCCGUGGUGGAGUUCCUCCAGGAGGUGCCCCGAGGAGGUGUAGCAGCAGGAGGCGCAGGGAGGCUGGCGGAGCUAAGAGGAGGCCCAGGGUGGCUGGCAGGGCUGCGUGGAGGAGGUGCAGGAGGAGAUGAAAGGGGUCUGGGGAAGGAGCAGAGGGAGCAGGGGGAAUACCAGUACUCCCGUAACAAGAGGAGUCGUGAGCUGGAGAGGGAGCUACGACAGGAGUUAAAGGAGGAGCUGAGGCUAGAGCUGAGGGAGCUGAACCAUCAGGAGAGACAGGAACUCCUGCAGGAGGUGACCCAGGGGCUACAUCAGGGGCAGGAGGUGACCCAGGGGCUACAUCAGGGGCAGGAGGUGACUCAGGGGCUACAUCAGGGGCAGGAGGUGACCCAGGGGCUACAUCAGCAGCAGGAGGUGACCCAGGGGCUACAUCAGGGGCAGGAGGUGACCCAGGGGCUCCAUCAGGGGCAGGAAAUGGGGCGAGGUGGGCUGGACACAGGAGAGGAGGUACACCCUGAGUUGAGAGAGGAGUUACACCACACGUUGAGGGAAAAGAUGGACAAGGAGAUGGACAAGGAGAUAGACAAGGAAAUGGGGAAGGAGAUGGGGAAGGAGAUAGACAAGGAGAUGGGGAAGAAGAUGGGGAAGAAGAUGAGACAUGAGCUGAACCACAAACACAGGAAGACAAAGGGCUUCCAGAAGACUGAGAUACAGGACGACAUGAUGAUGAUGAUGACCUAUUCUAUGGUGCCGGUCAAAGUGUUGUUGGAUAUCUGUAACAGCACCAAGGGAGUCUGCAUAGCUGGACCACCCGGCCCUCCUGGACCCCCUGGGCUACCUGGCCUGCAUGGUCUGCCGGGGCACAAUGGCACUGAUGGCAUCCCAGGACUAGAUGGACUGCCUGGGGCUGAUGGAAAACGAGGGAAGAGAGGGGAGAAAGGUGAGCCAGGGGAGAAAGGAGACAGAGGAGAACCUGGACCCGCAGGAGAAAAUACACAAUCGUCCAACGAUGUCAUCUUGGAGGGCCCCCCAGGUCCGGCUGGUCCUCCUGGUACUCCAGGCCCCAUUGGCCCUCCUGGACCGCCUGGCCCACAAGGACCCCAGGGGCCCCCCAGAAACAGGAGUCACCGGGCCAAUUUUCCCAUCCACGCUGCCCAGACCCUGGAUCCUUCACAUGCUGUACCAAACGAUGGGACUCUGUCUGCCAAAGAGGCUGGGAAGUUACAAGAGAUACCACUAAAUAAGAAAAAUGAGUGCAUCAUCAAGUCCCUGAUCAACCCCCGUAACAUAUCUAAGAUGGAGAGUACGUUCGGAACGUGGAUGAAAGACACGGCUGUGCUGAACGACAAACGCAUCUGGGUGGCCGAACAUUUCUCUGGUCGCACGGUGAAGGAGUAUAAGAGCAUCGCCUCAUUCCAGAAUGCCACCAGUGAGGUCAUCGACGGCAGGAAGUUCUACCAGGGAUGUGGCCAUGCCGUUCAUAACGGAUCCUUCUACUAUCACAUCGCUGGAACCACCAACCUGGCCAGGUUCGACCUGCAGUCCAAGCGUCUCCACACCCUGGCCAUCGACAAUGCUCUGUACCACAACCUGUCCUACCUUCUCUACAACUCCAAGACCUACUUCAAGCUGGCGGCGGAUGAGAACGGCCUGUGGCUCAUCUUUGCCUCCAGUCUGGACGACAGCAUUAUGGUGGCCCAGCUGGACCUGAAGAGCUUCUCUGUCACAUCGUACAUCAACACCACCUACCCCAGGACCAAGGCCGGCAACGCCUUCGUGGCCUGUGGCGUACUCUACGUCACCGACACCAAGGACACCCGUGUGACCUUCGCCUUUGACCUCCUGAAGGGGAAACCGGUCAACGUGACCUUUGAACUGAGGUCCCCUGGCGGGGUGCUGGCCAUGCUGUCCUAUAGCCCCAAUAACAGACACCUGUAUGUGUGGGAUCAGAGCUACGUGAAGCUGUAUGUGGUGCACUUCAUCUCUGAUGACUGAGACAGUGUUUUGACGGUAUUCUGAGGGUGUUUUGAUGGUAUUUUUUUUACAGUAUUCUGACAUUGUUUUGACAGUAUUCAGAUGGUAUUUUAAUGGUAUUCUGAUUAAAGAUGGACAGCUUUUUAAAGUGCUUAAUUAAAGAUGAACAGCAAUCGUGAAUAUUAUGGCUGUUUUUUAUUUAUAAUAUGUACGUGUUGUCUUUAGUUUUAUGCCAUCUCAACAAGGACUCUUUUCUAAUGGCCUUUUGGGACUGCUGGCUGGGAUAAAGAACCCUUUAUGUGAGUGCUGUUCAAAUAUUUGUUCCAAUUGGAUUACAGCUUCCAAAGAUGCACAUACUGUACCUUUUCCAAUGUAGAGUUGAACUGAAUAAGGGCUUAUCAGAGUAGGAAGUAGAUCAUUAUAAUAUAAUUGUUAUAGUCUAUAUUGUAUUGUGGCGAUGGUCUAAACAGUAAAAUAAUUGCUGUACUGUUUUCCAUGUUUUUCCAUUUGAGAUCGUGGAAUUCUCUUUUUGUAAGGAUACUUAUUAACCAUUUGACUUGUUAUAUUGUUUUUAUGUCUCUCACUUGUAUAUUAUAUUUAUUUGGUAAAUGUAACUCUUUUUUAAGGUCUACCCUGGAAACAUGGCUUUUUGUGGAGUUAAUACUAUUUAUAGCUGUAAAGUCCUUACUAGACUUUCCCUGUGACUGCAUGACAAAAUAGGUAUCAGAAAUGUGUUUCCAUAUUUACUUGGAUCCUACCAUGACCAGCUUCCCUUACAGAGAGCAACAUGUUUUAAAAAGACCUAUAUUGGAAAUCUGUACAUAUGUUUAUUCCCGACAAUGAUAUUUGCUGCUGCAUGGUCUCUACUGAUUAUCAUCAAAUACAGAAACAAACAUAAAAUCAACCUGAUGAAAUAAAAAAUAAUUUAUUCAACUUACGGUAGGACAGCCUGCUCUAUAUUCCUGUCUCUCUCUGGACUCUCUCUAGUUAUCUAGUCAUAGCCUCCCCAUACUGAGCUUUAGAUAGAUAUAUACUGUAGACACCUGAACAACACUUUACUUAAAGCACCUUUUUAUGAAGUGUUAAUAUCUUAUAUAGACAUGAAUAUCCCCUUAUAGAUGUUAUAGAGCAUUAUGAAGUGUUAAUAUCUUAUAGACAUGAAUAUCCCCUUAUAGAUGUUAUAGAGCACUAUGAAGUGUUAAUAUCUUAUAGACAUGAAUAUCCCCUUAUAGAUGUUAUAGAGCAUUAUGAAGUGUUAAUAUCUUAUAGACAUGAAUAUCCCCUUAUAGAUGUUAUAGAGCAUUAUGAAGUGUUAAUAUCUUAAAUAGACAUGAAUAUCCCCUUAUAGAUGUUAGAGCAUUAUGAAGCAUGUACCAUAAAGCAAAACAAGGCUCGGUACCUUUUUGUAAGGUGCCUAGCUUGUUAUUGCUUCACUGUGAUGUUUUUAAUGAUCCUCUAUGACUGCAUCUAUAAGGUGACCUAUGAAUGUUUAUAAGGCAUUAUAAGGCUUCAUAAGUACUAACACACGACAGACGGAGAGAAGGUAGAAUAUGUAAACAGAGGUCAGAGAUCAGACGUGGUACCCAGACGGAGGGAAGGUAGAAUAUGUAAACAGAGGUCAGAGAUCAGACGUGGUACCCAGACGGAGGGAAGGUAGAAUAUGUAAACAGAGGUCAGAGAUCAGACGUGGUACCCAGACGGAGAGAAGGUAGAAUAUGUAAACAGAGGUCAGAGAUCAGACGUGGUACCCAGACGGAGAGAAGGUAGAAUAUGUAAACAGAGGUCAGAGAUCAGACGUGGUACCCAGACGGAGAGAAGGUAGAAUAUGUAAACAGAUGUCAGAGAUCAGACGUGGUACCCAGACGGAGAGAAGGUAGAAUAUGUAAACAGAGGUCAGAGAUCAGACGUGGUACCCAGACGGAGAGAAGGUAGAAUAUGUAAACAGAGGUCAGAGAUCAGACGUGGUACCCAGACGGAGAGAAGGUAGAAUAUGUAAACAGAGGUCAGAGAUCAGACGUGGUACCCAGACGGAGAGAAGGUAGAAUAUGUAAACAGAGGUCAGAGAUCAGACGUGGUACCCAGACGGAGAGAAGGUAGAAUAUGUAAACAGAGGUCAGAGAUCAGACGUGGUACCCAGACGGAGAGAAGGUAGAAUAUGUAAACAGAGGUCAGAGAUCAGACGUGGUACCCAGACGGAGAGAAGGUAGAAUAUGUAAACAGAGGUCAGAGAUCAGACGUGGUACCCAGACGGAGAGAAGGUAGAAUAUGUAAACAGAGGUCAGAGAUCAGACGUGGUACCCAGACGGAGGGAAGGUAGAAUAUGUAAACAGAGGUCAGAGAUCAGACGUGGUACCCAGACGGAGAGAAGGUAGAAUAUGUAAACAGAGGUCAGAGAUCAGACGUGGUACCCAGACGGAGGGAAGGAAACACAAAUCUGUUUAAUAAUAAAAACAAGACAAACAUUUAACAAAAGAUACAACUAAUCCAGCCGGUAUGAUACAAAACAAAAAAUUAAGUCAAACGCUUUCAUGUUUGUACAAGCUGCUGUGGUAUUUCAUAUAUGUAUAUAUUAAAACGAUUUCACUUUUUACUACUAGGCCAAAUACAGCCAGACAUUCAUUUGUAUAUAACAGUAGUUAAUUUGUUCUUCACAUAGCCUAUUCGUUUUGAAAUAAACUUUUAGUGUCCCCAGAUUUGAGUGCAAAUAUCUAUUCAAUAAGGUUUGUAAAAACAAUACAGUACAGUAGUAUCACCAAACACAAACCUAUGCCAUGUUGCACUAUGUCCCAGUAAAAUACAGUAUUAACCCCUUACAUUCCUAACGUAAAAGGCAAAAAGUCCAACACAAAUAACAACAGCCUGCAAAGAAACAACCAACCAACCCCCCAUCCAACCAAC